AGCACCGCCCGGAUCCUUCCGCGCCUCCGCCGGGGCCUUCCCGGGACCGCCCGGGUCCGCCCGGGACCCCCUUCUCGUUACCGGGACCCCUCCCCACUACGGGGACCCCUCCUCCGCUACCGGCACUGGGAGGAGUUGGGGGAGCUCCGGGAGGCCUUGGGAAGGGACUGGGACGGACUGGGAGGAACUGGGCUGAACCGUACGCAGUUUGCGUAGCGCUGUGGGCAGGGCCCUUACGCCGUCUGCGUAGCGCCGUGGGCACCGGCGUGGCUACUCCGAGGCACUGGGAGGGAACUGGGCUGAGCUGGGAAAGGCCUGGGAGGCCUUAGGAAGGCACUGGGAGGUGGCAGGAGGGAACUGGGACGGACUGGAACGAACUGGAACUGGAACGAGCCGUAGCCAGGAGGGCCGAGGCUCUUACGCCGCGCUGAGGGCACUCCCCGUUUCCUUACGCCAUCUGCGUAGCGCUGAGGGCACUCCACGUUCCUUUCCGCCAUUUGCGUAGCGGCUCUGCAUUACCGUCAACGGGCGCUCCUUACGCUGUUUGCGCACCGUACGCCGCAGGCGCGGCGGGGGCGGGCCCGUAUCCCUGCGCGCUCCCGAAGCUCCGGUACAGGCCCGGUCCCGGUCCCGGCCCGGCCCCGUCAGGCCCCGGCCCCGAGCAGGCCCCGGCCCCGGCCCCCGGCCCGGCCCGGCCAUGAAGUUCCUGUACAAGGAGGAGCAUCCGUUCGAGAAACGUCGCUGCGAGGGAGAGAAGAUCCGGAAAAAGUACCCGGACCGAGUGCCGGUGAUCGUGGAAAAGGCGCCCAAGGCCCGGAUUGGGGACCUGGACAAGAAGAAAUACCUGGUGCCCUCUGACCUCACAGUGGGUCAGUUCUAUUUCCUGAUCCUCAAACAGAUCCACCUGCGGGCUGAGGAUUCUUUGGGCAUUUUUAGGGUUGAUUUGGGACUUUUUAGAGUUAAUUUGGGAUUUUUUACGGAUAAAUUUGGGAUUUUUUUGGGCUGAAUUUUGCUGGUUUUGGGU